GAUGACUGUGGGGACGAUGUACGGCAACGUGGCUACGGGCCCGCAUGGGCGGAGGCCACCAUGGGUGCCAGCACCCGGCGCCCAGGAAGCCUGCAGCACUCCGUGCCCCGCCGAGGAGAACCCCUACGAGCCCUUGGACCCCCCGGGUGCUGCGCCGACCCUCCUGCGGGCCCCCCGAGCCACCCGCCCUGGCCAAGAACCGUGGCUCUGGUGGGGCUCAAAACCACAGCGCAUCCAGACAGGAGGUCCAGAGUCUCCCACCCAGCUGCCCCAGGUCAAGGUGGGUGGUGGCCACCACCAUGGCUCUGGGCAUCUCCGUGGUCCUCAAUGUGCUCCUCCUCACCCUGUACCUGCGGCCGAGUACGAACGAGACAGCAGCGGCAGCGGAGGAGCCGACCAGGGCCUCCCGCUCCCUCACGCUGUACAACGAAGCGCACGGCAAAUGCGCCGAAGCUCGAGGGCAGCGGCUGACGGCGGCGCCGUGCCGGCCCGACGCGCCGGAGCAGCGGUUCCGGUGGGCGCCCGUGCGGGCGGCUGCGGAGCGGGACCGCCGGGGCGCCGUGCGUGACCGUGACCCAAGCGCUCAGCACGGCCCUCGUGGGGCUCGAGCCGUGCGGGGCGGCCGGCAGCCUGCAGAGGCUGGGAGGUGUCGCGCCGGCGGCUUGUUGGCCCUGGCCGGCCACGAGUUGUAUUUCAACUACGGGUAA